UUUGAUUUCAGAGGUUUCAUGCCGAGCACCAGUUACCGCACGGAGGACCAGCUUGCCGAGCCUUCAGCAAGGGUAGACAAGAGUCGCGAAGAUAGGGAUAAUCAGCCAGAACGGACGCAGAGAUUUGGUAUAUCUACUUACGGAAGUACUGGAUCGCAGGGACCGUACGGCGCGUCUGCCCCAGGGCUCUACGGACCGGUUAAGAUCGACCUCGGUGGUGUUCUCAUCGGCACCAUUCUAGGUUUCGGAGCUGUCAUCGUGCUGCCUAAGAUCAUACAAGCUCUCUCUUAUGGAUACGGCGGAUAUGGUCGAAGUGCAGAAACAGACCUACACCAACUAACCGAUAUGCUCAACAAGCUGGACAGUACCCUCAGUCAUUACAACAUAGACUCCUCGGCCUGCAUGCAAAGACUUGCCUGCUCAUACGUACAACUAGCUAAUGAGAAUAUGGUCGCGGGCAAUGCUACUGAUUUUGACGCUGUUUUGACUAAUCUUUCCGGUAACUCUUUAAUACGUCGCAUGCUGGACGGUACAUCGAUCUACGAGGCAAUAGCGGCGGGCAGGUCCCUCGACAACAACUGCCAGACGCUUUAUCCCAAGUGCAAGCUCGAUAAGAAAACUGUCGUCAAGAUGCUCACGCAACUGGUUCCUUCAUAAUUUUGCGAUUGCAGUUGGCAUCUCAUAAUAUAAAGUACCAAUUUCUUGUUAUACAUAAUGUCGAAAUUCAAUGCUAACGCCACCGUUCGGGUCCAAAAGUAACUUGCCACCCUUUGAAAGAUUUAGGUUGAAAGCAGUAGCUACAUUGCUUAGAUUUAAUUUUGCUAUGCGGAGCGAUGGAAUUCGAGAUAUAAAAUAUGAACAAAGGUAAGGUCUUAAAAAAUAUUUAAAGAAUCGUUAAAAUGUUCGAACGAAAAAGUUCUAAAAAAGAUGUUUUUUUAUAUUGUACUUAAAUAGUGUGCACGUACAAAUAAAAUAUCAUAACAACCUUUUUCUUAAAUAGGGUUAUUUUGAUAAUAAUAUAAGGUUACAAAAGCUGAUUGUUGUAUUAACUUUUAUAUUCUGAUGGC